CAUAUGCUUGGAAACUGGUUCAUUUUGCCGGCAAAAGGCGCCUUGUGGCCUGGCAGCAAUACCGUCACUGUCUGAGAGAAACAGGAGCAAUCAGACAUCAGUUAUCUACGGGCAACGGUUAGCGUAGAUAAGUAUCCAAGAUCAGUUUCAACAGUUCAGUUAUCGUCGGAUGGUUGAACCGGUCGGUUGUCGGUUGGUCGCAGGUACGGGCGCAGUGCCAUUCGAUCGAUCAGAAAUGGAUGGUCACACUUACCGUUGUCUGUUGAUAGUUUAGCCAGGAUAUAGAAGGGAAAAACUGUAAAGUGGAUAGUGACCCGCAGAAAAGGGAGUUUGUACAGUGUGCCCUAAUCGAAUAACGGCGAAAACCGAUGUGAGCAACCCUUCAUCAACAAGUGGAUUACGUACUUCCGGUCGGGAAGGAGCGGUUUUUUUGUUCUAGAUUGAAACUGUUAAAAGCAUUGUGAACAAAUUUUGUUAAGUUUGUGUACUAGCGUGACAGGUCAAUAUCUAUGUAUGUAUCGGCCGGCCCUUUGCAGUGUUGUGUUUUGAAAAUGUCAUAGAAAAAAGUAGUGUGUACUGUAGGAAUAUAGUAGAAAGUGUGGAAGCAAACUACCCCAGUGGGGAAUAAAGUGAGAGAAAGUAUCCUGGGAUAUGCGCUGUCUAGUAGGAUGUUUUUACCAGACGAAAAAAUAAUAACAGCAAUAGCAAAUGUGAGAUAAGAAGUUUGAAAAAUUGUUCUUUUUCUUCGAUGUGCUGAAUUAUAGAUAAGCGUGAUUGCUUCGUAGUGUGGUUCAACAAUAUUGUCUAGACGCAUAAGAAUUGCACAGUGUGUUAUUUUUGUAAGGGAUAUAACCGCCCAUGGAUCCGCGUACCGGUUUCGUCCAAGGACUCCCAGAAAACAAAGCAAUUCUUUCACCUACAACUGGUUUAAUAAUAUGCAUCGUUUGGAAACUGACUAAAAAGGACUGAACUUUUUCUUGACUUUUUCACUAGGUUUCAAGAAAAGCAUCAAACCCUGUAAAAGACAAUAUCGAUGAGACGAUUGCUGGAAGACUGCAAUAUUUCGAGUUUUGUUAAAGCAAAUGAAAUAUUGAGUUUCGUACCACAGGAAGGCGGACACUCUGAAGAUUCUAAAAGUGGGCUCCUGCAGCCAUCCCACAAGCAGAGCUGCAAAGUAUCGGAAGAAAAAAAAAGCUGCUUACCACGAAACGAGCUUUAUUUUGCUUUUAUGGAAUGAAAGGAAAAUAUGAUGAAAAUGUUUUACCACUCAGUGGCAAUCGGAUUCCGCAGGACUAGCGGUGGCACCUUGGGCGGCACCCAACCGUGGACAGCAAAGUUCUGUGCUGCAGAAAAAUGUUAAUUGCGGUUGGCUCACCGCCACAACCCGGAAGUUUAACGGUGCAACAAACAUAGUGAAAUAGACUAAUAAAUGGAAGUGCUAUUGUGGCCUGUCGCCAUCCUUUUAGGGCAACGAUUUUCCACAACAGUCACUGACGGUGUGCUAUAUUAACACUUUCAUCCGUCUCGCCAUCAUGACGAGGAGCGUCGCUGCCGUGGAUAUCAGCAAAGCUGUCUUUCGCAACAGAAUCCUGCCCACCUACCAAGAUAUUACGGAACUGUAAUCUAAUUAAACAGCUCUUGGCGCCGAAGAGCCUUUUCAAAUCUCAUCCCACAAACCCUACUUGAGCACAUCUCGAAUUUCGUUAAGGUGGGACAACGACGGUAUCGUCUUCUCGGUAUCUACCCCAGCCAAGAUGACUUUUAAUGCCAUCAGCGAUGGUGUCGGAAUUCCGACCGCUGUCGAUACCACAAGUGUGUCCCAGUGGCCACCGAAUGCUAGCAGUACGGUGUUUGCUAUCACACUGUUUGCCACCACUCUACCUCUUCACGGAGCCCUUUCGGGACAUCCGAUCACGGUGAACCCCGUAUCAACUCGAGAGUCGCUCAGCUGGCUGCAGGUGCUAAACUAUAGCGAUUCCGAGGGCGGCGCAGAAAACUUCACAGUUGGAGGAAAUUCAAACCUAACGUCAUCGGACCUGUUGCCUCCGCUGGACCCGUGCGAUCCGGGCAGCACCAACUUUCAGUGCACGGUGCAAGAAUUCCUAGAAUACGCUCGAGGCCCGCAGCAGAUGCCACUAACGACCGCACUACUGGUAACGAUCCUGUUCGUGGGAAUCCUGGUUACCGGAGUCAUCGGCAAUUUGAUUGUGUGUCUGGUAAUCAUCCGUCAUCCGUCGAUGCACACCGCUACCAACUACUAUCUCUUCAGUCUGGCUGUGUCGGAUCUGAUUCUGCUGCUGCUGGGCUUGCCGUACGAAAUCAGCCUCUACUGGCACCAGUAUCCGUACAACAUGGGUCUGGUGUUCUGCAAGAUCCGAGCCCUACUGUCGGAAGCGUCAACGUACGUGUCGGUGCUGACGAUAGUGGCCUUCUCGAUGGAACGUUUUCUUGCCAUCUGCCACCCGCUGCAUCUGUACACGAUGUCCGGUCUGCAACGCCCGGUUCGGAUUAUUGCCGGGUUGUGGAUCGUCAGCCUCUUCAGUGCAGUGCCUUUUGCUGUGUUCACUGACAUCGACUACAUCGAAUACCCACCAACGCAUGAAAAAAUCAUGGAUUCCGCAUUCUGUGCCAUGCUGAGCAAUCCCGAAGGAAUUCCCCUGUGGGAACUGUCAACAUGUCUGUUCUUUGCGAUACCGAUGGUUGUGAUGGUGGUGCUGUACGGUCGGAUGGGUAUGCAGAUCCGAUCCCGAACCCAGCGGACGGCGGAACUCGGCGUGAGGAAUGGAUCCGUGAACGGAACCUCUCGCAUUUCGCAGUCCCGGAAGGCCAUUAUUCGCAUGCUGGCUGCCGUUGUGAUAACAUUCUUCGUCUGCUGGGCACCGUUCCACGCUCAGAGGUUACUGUUCCUGUACGCUCGGGACUGGCAGCACUUCAAUACGUUGAACACGUGGUUGUUCUCGGUGGCGGGAUGGCUAUACUACGUAUCCUGCACCAUCAACCCCAUUCUGUACAAUGUAAUGUCCCAUCGGUACCGGGUGGCAUUCCGAGAAACACUGUGCGGGCGGCGCCGUGGCUUUGGCCCCAGCUUCACCCGGGAUCAAUCCAAUUUUCGCGAAACAACGAUGGACGUGGGUUGUGAGACCUCCAAGCUGCUUCGAGCUCGGUCCAUGAUGCAGUCCACGAAACGGCUGCGCUACAAGGGCACUCUGAACGCGAGCAAUAGUGUCCACUACGACAGUAACUUCAUCCGGCGGAAUUCACUUCAGAUUGGAACACCGCUGGGUGGCCGCUGUUCGCCAUCACCAAACAUGACUACCAACAUGGUGGUUAUACUGGACAACAAUCUCAGCGGUCGGCCACGUUGCUACACGACAUCGGCAACGACGACGACGACAACGACAACGACGACGCCACCGCCGCCACCAUCGCCAUUGACUGCCGAAACCACCGAAAACAGUCCAACAGCUCCUCCGCUGAUACGCAUCAACGGUUGCCUGGCGAAUGUAGAUAGUGUAAAUAAUGUAAAUAAUAAUAACAAGAGGUGCAACGGCAGUAGUAUUAGCAAUGGUAUUAAUAAGGAAAACAGUUUUCCUCGCUGUGCAUCUCCCCCAUCGACAGCGGCAACGUCGUCCGAAGAGGAGCAAAACCACAUGGACAAACAACAGGAGCUAGCGCCAACGGAUGGCACGGGUGACUGGAGUCAUCACUGCGACCGUCACAAUGGCAAUCAGCCGAAUCAGCAAUCGUUGAACGAACAAUUAAAUAACGGGCAUGAUAGUGACGAACGGGAAAGCCCAAGCAGUAAUGCUACUGAAAUUUAACAGCUAGCCUAUGGACGGUUUUGUUGGAAGGGUCAGGGAAGUGACCAUCAUUAAUACUGUCGUCCGUCGGACGAUUCGAAGGAGACGCACAGUCUAUUAUGCUUAGUGUAACCAAACCAAGAAAGCUCGAAUGCUCAAACUGUUACAAUUGCUUUCAACCAUAGCUCUACUGAAAGCACAUUGUCAUGAUGACUAGAAGGAUUUUCCCAACCCUAUUCGGAAAUGAUAUAUUAAAACAGCGGUUUCCAGUACGUGGUGACGAUAUCGGGGCACAUUCAUUCGAGGCUGGCUUUUGCCUAGAAAGAGAGAACUUGUUUGGGCGACAAGUUAUUACUUUUUGUGGCGUCAUCGUCGGUUAGCAGGCGAAUCUUUGUGCACUGUAUCGUGCACUACAAACAGCAAAAAUGCUAGACAUUUCUGGGUUAUCAAAAUGGAAUCGUUGGCUGCACAGGAAAAUCUUCCUAAUUCUAGCUAAUUACUAUAAAUUAGUUGCGCUUUGCUCCAGCUUACCGAGCAAUGAUUAGAAAGCAUUAACUCUCGAACCAUUCAAAAUGCCAAAAGACGAAUUUUAAUCUCAAAGCUUAUUUGCGUGUAGGUAAACACAAGACGGCAGGUGAAAACUAACAGCCUUACCAUGUAGUUAUUCUGAAUUUCACGAAUACAAAAUAUACAUAUACGUUAGACAAUAUACAAGUAUGUUAAAGAUGAAGCGAAGCCAUGCUUAGCAAGAGUUUAGUUGUUCCUAGAAAAUAGUUUCGUGAUCAUAUUCCAAAAGAGAACGAAUAUAUAUAUGACUAAUUUACCACGUGAUAUAUAAAAAUGUAAGAAUAGUAUAUAUUUUUGUGAUCAAUAAAUCACUUCUGAACUGUAA